AUGAAUUUACGUCAUUUUAAAACAAAGUUCCUCUCCCUCUCUACGGGGGGGGGGGGGGGGGGGGGGGGGGGGGGGGGGGGGGGGGGGGGGGGGGGGGGGGGGGGGGGGGGGGGGGGGGGGGGGGGGGGGGGGGGGGGGGGGGGGGGGGGGGGGGGGGGGGGGGGGGGGGGGGGGGGGGGGGGGGGGGGGGGGGGGGGGGGGGGGGGGGGGGGGGGGGGGGGGGGGGGGGGGGGGGGGGGGGGGUGGGGGGGGGGGGGGGGGGGGGGGGGGGGGGGGGGGGGGGGGGGGGGGGGGGGGGGGGGGGGGGGGGGGGGGGGGGGGGGGGGGGGGGGGGGGGGGGGGGGGGGGGGGGGGGGGGGGGGGGGGGGGGGGGGGGGGGGGGGGGGGGGGGGGGGGGGGGGGGGGGGGGGGGGGGGGGGGGGGGGGGGGGGGGGGGGGGGGGGGGGGGGGGGGGGGGGGGGGGGGGGGGGGGGGGGGGGGGGGGGGGGGGGGGGGGGGGGGGGGGGGGGGGGGGGGGGGGGGGGGGGGGGGGGGGGGGGGGGGGGGGGGGGGGGGGGGGGGGGGGGGGGGGGGGGGGGGGGGGGGGGGGGGGGGGGGGGGGGGGGGGGGGGGGGGGGGGGGGGGGGGGGGGGGGGGGGGGGGGGGGGGGGGGGGGGGUGGGGGGGGGGGGGGGGGGGGGGGGGGGGGGGGGGGGGGGGGGGGGGGGGGGGGGGGGGGGGGGGGGGGGGGGGGGGGGGGGGGGGGGGGGGGGGGGGGGGGGGGGGGGGGGGGGGGGGGGGGGGGGGGGGGGGGGGGGGGGGGGGGGGGGGGGGGGGGGGGGGGGGGGGGGGGGGGGGUGGGGGGGGGGGGGGGGGGUGGGGGGGGGGGGGGGGGGGGGGGGGGGGGGGGGGGGGGGGGGGGGGGGGGGGGGGGGGGGGGGGGGGGGGGGGGGGGGGGGGGGGGGGGGGGGGUGGGGGGGGGGGGGGGGGGGGGGGGGGGGGGGGGGGGGGGGGGGGGGGUGGGGGGGGGGGGGGGGGGGGGGUGUGGGGGGGGGGGGGGGGGGGUGGGGGGGGGGGGGGUUGGGGGGGGGGGGGGGGGGGGGAUGUGAAGUAG